AUGGUGACCGACGGUAUCAUAGCGGUUAACAAACCCGCUGGUCGUACUUCCGCCCAAGUUCUACGGAAUCUCCAAGUUACCUUCGGCAAAUCCGAAUUCUUCGCCGACCACCUCGAAGCACAGAAGGCAUAUUCCGACCACCAAGAUCGUCGGCAGUCUACUACGAGACGAUCCAGGAAGAAUAGGAAGGGCGAUACUCAAGUCAAAUUGGGACAUGGAGGGACAUUAGAUCCCAUGGCCACUGGCGUAUUAAUCGUGGGAGUUGGAAAAGGUACAAAGCGGUUAUCAAACUAUCUCGACUGUACCAAGGAGUACGAAGCAGUUGCAAUCUUCGGCAUAAGUACGGACAGCUAUGACAAAGAAGGCAAGAUCACGGCGAGAAAACCUUACGGACAUAUCACAAAAGAGGCUGUAGAAGGCGUCCUAGACAAAUUCAGAGGGGACAUUUACCAGCGACCGCCGAUGUUCUCAGCGUUAAAUCUUAACGGGAAAAGACUAUACGAAUAUGCCCGUGAAGGAAUACCCAUCCCCGUCGAAAUCAAGAAACGACCGUGUACGAUAUCUUCCCUAGAAAUUACAAAAUUCGAGGCUGGAGACUCAGGACAUGAAUGGGCGUAUCCUACGAGGGAAGCUUCAGAGGUAGAAAAGGCCGCAGCAAAGGCGUAUCAGGAAUUAGGUAUGGGAGCGGAUAAAGAGGAAGACCUAAAAAGCGGUAUCGACCUUGGCCCCAACGCUGUGAGCGACGAGGAAUUUGAGGCAUCUGAAAAGAGGAAAGCGACAGCUGAGGCGGUUAAAACUGCAAGAUUGGCGAAAAGAACGAAGAAGUAUUAUGAUCAAAAGGACGGAAUUGAAACUGCAACGGAAGAGAAGAAAGAAGCAGGAAGUGAGGGAGAAAGUGAGAAGGAACCAACGCCACCACCGCCACAGCCGAUUUAUCAUGAAGAAGGCAAACCAUCAGUCGUUCAUCUAAAGAUGACAGUGUCGCGUGGUACAUACGUCCGAUCCAUUGCGCAUGACAUUGGUGAGGCGUUGGGUUCUGCAGCGACAUUAGUCGCAUUGACGAGAUCGCGACAAGGCGAGUACGAGCUCGGGAAGAACGUGAUUGCAUGGGAGGAUUUCAAGCCGGGUAACGACGCUUGGGUCGAACAAGUCAAAGAAUCGCUGGCAAAGUCGCAGGAAGAUGCGGACCAGUUCUAA